CUGUGGGACACAGGAAGGAUCCACCCAAAUCCACUUUGGAAAGGGUAUAGUAAAAGAUCAGUUCCAGACUACAGCUGACACCCACAGUGAGAAAAACCAUUACAAACAUACACUAGUUUAGAAGUCAUCUACUGAGUAAUUAAUGUCUCAGUCACCAACCACAGAGGGGAGAGAGAUGCUCUGUCAGGGCUUUUCUCUGGAAAACAGCAGGGCAGAGCACACUGGAGGCCUUGAUAGAGGCAGCGGGUCUUUAAACAAGCCUGAGAAUUGCAGUUUUCCCUUAGACAUAUCUCCAGCUCUCAGAUUGGUGGCUUUAAGGCGCACAUGGGAUUUGAAAAAAAAUCAUUUGGCAGCGCACAAAUUGAAAAUCUUCUUGCCACCUGGACUUCAGGAAGAUAACUCAAGCUCGUCCGCACAAUGUGAUCCGGAUAAAAGCAAAGAAGGAGAAGAGAAUGUGAUUGGGGAGGAAUUGCAGAGUGAACGAUUCCAGUCGAAGUACAUUCAUAUUUUCCCACUGUAUCAGGAUUACUGUCUGCAGACAAUGAAAGAUGAUCUCCACAGACUCAAAGACGGUCUGUUGUCUGAACUGAUAACUCCCAAGUAUCUGCAAAGCCUGCAGACACCGAUGACUCGUGCUGAAAGCCCUCAGCGAAGCGCUCGUCAUGCAACUCCUCGAUCUCAGCCUAUUAGGGUGACUCCAAGUACACUCUGGCAAGACCUGGAUGAGGUGAAGGCAUCUGGUCUACUCAGCAGCUUGACAGCCAGAGAGAUUCGCCUUCAAGAGACCAUGUUCGAGCUCAUCGGCUCAGAAGCAUCUUACCUAAGGAGCCUCGGCGUGGCCGUAAAUCACUUUUAUAAGUCGCAGGAACUCAAGCAGACUCUGUCUCAAACAGAACAUCACAUUUUGUUUUCCAAAAUUCAACACGUGAUGGUGGCCAGUGAAAAGUUUCUUACGGAUUUGGAAAGCCGACUGGGAGAGAACGUGUUGAUCCCUCAGGUUGGCGACGUCGUCCUCCAGCACUGCAAACAUUUCCAGACUCUCUAUGUGCCGUAUGUGACGAAUAUGAUGUACCAAGAAGCCCUUAUCAACGAAAAGCUGCAGCACAACAGAAUUUUUCUGUAUACCCUGAAGAAACUCGAGAGUGACCCGGUGUGUCAAAGAAAGACCCUCAAGUCCUUCCUCGUCCUUCCCUUCCAGAGAAUUACUCGCAUCAAGCUUCUGCUGGAGAGCAUCCUGAAACUGUCUGAGCCGGACUCUGACUCAGUUUCAAACCUUAAAAAAGCAAUAGACGCCAUUCAUGAGAUAGUGACAGAGUGUGACAAGGGGGUCCGAAAAAUGAAACAGAUUGAGGAGCUGGUCUGCCUCGAAAUGCUGCUGGAUUUCGGAAAAGUUAAGUCAGUUCCCAUGGUCACAAGCAAGCGUUUCCUGGUGCACCACGGAGCCCUGAAACAGCUGACCAAGGAGAGCGCUUAUAACUUAAGAAUGUCAUUCGUUGGCGUCUACCUCCACCUCUUCAAUGACCUUUUGAUCGUCUCUAUGAAAAAAGAUGAGCGCUUUAAAGUAAUGGACCAUGCUCAAUUCCCAGAACACGUGAGCGUUCAGCCUGUGAAGACUGAAGUCCUGGGUCUGCCCUCAUACUCCUUCCUGCUACAUCUCUCUAAAACUCAAACAGGACAUCCGACUGCAAUGAUAAUUGCUACAGACACAAGGUCGGAGAAAGAGGCAUGGAUGAAGGCGCUGUCAUCGAGACACUGACCUUUUAACAGCUUUAAACUUUAAAGACGAAACUUGGCUCCAUGUAACUAACAACUGAAACAAUGUUAACUUGUUCACUUUUUAAGGUUCAUCAGUGGUUCAGUCUACGCUUUGCACUGUUCUUGGUGAAGAUGCACUCGGUGCGCUUUGUUCAAACGUCCACUAACCUCACGAUGAGCUAGAUCAUCGCUACAGACGUUUUUUGUUGUUUCUGACUGACUUUAAAAUACCAAUUAAUUUUUAAGUAGUGUACAGUUUACUUUAAUUGAUAAUAAAAUGAUUUCUAAUUCA